GGGGUUGCUAUGGUAAUCCCUGUGUUUUGCUAGCAUGUGGCUGGUUGGUUGCUAAAUUUCAAUUGCUUUUUAUGGUGUUGCUUGUUGCUAUGCUAACGUAGUUAGUUGCUAGUGUGUUGUAGGUGGUUCCCAUUAUAUUCCAACCGUAAUUCCGAUCUUUCCCAAAAGCACAUGUUCACUAUUCCUGUAAUUCCUGAAUAGUUUCCUGGAUCUAAGAAGAAGAACAGUAUGGCGUCUCUGUCGAUAAUAAAUACUUAAGUUAUAGAGAUGUGUUUUUUUAGCACAAAAUAAAGAGCACCAGUUCAUAAAGAAGCUCAUAACUGCUUACGAGUGCAGUACGAGUGAAAGAGGAACAGGCUGAUUAAGACCGUUAAUAUUCACUAGAAGAGUAAGAGAUUUAUUUUAUAUUUAUAAGGAUAAUUUUGGUGUAAAUUCUACACGUGGUGGAUCUUCGAGUGUCGUCUGUCUGAAGGCUGAUGUCACCAUGUUUUAUAGAAUGUUGAGAAAUAUUACAGUAACAACAAUCCUCAUGUUACUGACAGGAGUUCAGGCUCAGCACAGUGUAACUUUCUCCUCUCAGAGUCUCUGUGUUGUUAUUGGAUCUACAGUAAAAAUCCCCUGUACAUUUACACCUGAUCACUCCAGAGUCACAGAGAGACAGUGGUAUCGAGUCCAGAGCUCUGAAGGAGAACCACAAGACCUGAGAAAAGAUCCAGAAUAUUCAGGACGUGUGUCUGUAAACACCUGGGGGUCUGACUGUAGUCUGACAGUGAGUAAUGUGAGAGUGAGUGACUCUGGAGUUUAUAACUUUAGAUUUAAAACACAGAGCAGUGACUGGAUAUCAGCUUCAUCUGGAGUUCAACUGAAUGUUACAGACUUGCAGGUGAAGGUGGAUCCUAACACUGUAGGACAGAGAGAAGUGAAAGUGACCUGUAGCUCCACCUGCAGACUCGACACACGCCUUUCCACGUGGUACAGGAAUGAACAUCAUAUCAAAUACUCAGAUAACGCCUCCACUGUACUUUACUCCACCAGUCAAUAUGAUGAAGGCAGCUACUCCUGUCAGGUGUAUGGGAGUGAACACCGCUCUCCUCCAGUGUGUGUACUGGGUAAACAGUGUUGGGGUGUGACUUACACUGCUGAACAUGUGUGUGCUCUGAAAAACACAUCAGUUGAUCUUUCCUGCUCUUAUAAAUAUCCUGCAGGUCACACAGUGAUAAAAUCAGUGUGGUUCAUUAAAGAGCAGGUUAAUGUUGGGCCUGAGGAUGUGAGAGAGGAUGAAGAGUAUCAGGGCCGAGUGCAGUACACACAGAGCUCCCAGAAUGACUGUAGUCUGAGAAUCACUAACCUGAGAGAGAGAGACGCUCAAACAUACAGGUUCAGAUUCUACACUGAUGAUCCUAAAGGAAAAUACACCGGAGAACCUGGAGUCUCUCUGUCUGUCACAGAUCUGAAGGUUACAGUAUCAGACUGGUACAAGAAGAAGAAGCUGAGCUGCAUCACCACCUGCACUCUGUCUAACAAACCCACUUACAUCUGGUACAAGAACGGACAGCGUGUUACUGACCAGGACAGAAAUGAACUGAAUGUCAGCAGUGAGGAUGCAGGCAGCUUCUCCUGUGCUGUAAGAGGACAUGAGGAACUUCGCUCUCCUGCUGUCUGCAAUUUAGAUGAGAAGAGCUGCUGGAGUGUGAUUUACUCCACCCAGACUAUCUGUUCUCUGAUUGGCUCAUCAGUGGACAUACACAGUUAUUACAUCUUCCCUAAUAAAUACAAGGUCACAGAAAUGAUGUGGUUCAUUAAAGACCUGGAGGAUGUGAGAGAGGAUGAAGAGUAUCAGGGCCGAGUGCAGUACACACAGAGCUCCCAGAAUGACUGUAGUCUGAGAAUCACUAACCUGAGAGAGAGAGACGCUCAAACAUACAGGUUCAGAUUCUACACUGAUGAUCCUACAGUAAAAUACACCGGAGAACCUGGAGUCUCUCUGUCUGUCACAGAUCUGAAGGUUACAGUAUCAGACUCGGGUAGCGGACAAAUCGAUCUGAGCUGCAUCACCACCUGCAGUCUGUCUAACAAACCCACUUACAUCUGGUACAAGAACGGACAGCGUGUGUCUGAGUGUAAAUCUGCCUCCUGCUCUGUAGCUGCAGUCGGUGGUGCGGUCAGUUACAGCUGUGCUGUUGAAGGCCAUGACAGUCUCCUCUCUCCUCCAGUGUAUUCCCCUAAAAACACCACAGCAGUGGUUCUUUCCUCUGGAGUGACAGUUGAGGGGGAUUCAGUGACUCUGAGCUGUAGCAGUGAUGCAAACCCUCCUGUUCUCACCUACUCCUGGUUUAAACAGAGUUCAGCUGCAGACACACUGCUGAUAACAGGCCAGAAUUACAGCAUCAGUAACAUCAGCUCCCAGCACAGAGGACUGUACUACUGCACUGCUCACAACCAGCUGGGACACCACAACUCUACACCAACACACCUGGAUGUGUUCAGGCCUAAGAACAAUGUGUUAACAUUCACCAUGUUGGGACUGUUUGUCUUCUUGGCAUUAACACUCAUCCCAGGAGCUCUGUGGAUAUGGAAGAGGAAGCGGAGCUCAGCUAAUGGCCACAGCAGCACUGGUGAGAGUGGACAGCCUCAGUCUGCAUCAGUGUAUGAAAAUAUCUCAGCCUCAAACCGUAGCAGAAGAGUCUCAGACGAACAGGAUGACGUUCACUACGCCAGUGUUGUUAUUAAAAGCUCCCACACACAGGAAGGGUCUCUGUCCCCGAGACUUCCUGCACACAGCACAGAGGAAGAGGAUGUUCAGUACGCUGAAGUGAACGUUAGCAGGAGAACUGCUACUAUCCAGCUUGUGGCAGAUGAAGAGGAUGAUGAUACGUCUCAGAUCUACAGCAAGGUCCAGAAAAUCCCCAGACAAAGCAAAAGUUGAGAGAGAUGUGAUCAUACUGUUCUGUAUCUAAACUGAUUAAGAGAAGAGGGGCAGCUUUGGCAUUUCAUCAGUAGCAGUAUUGAUGCUAUAGUAGUGUAUUGUAGUGCUUGUAUACUGUUUUACCUUAAAAAAUUGUGUAUGCGGGUUGAGAAAGAAUUUUUUUUUUGUCUACGCUUUUCCUUAUAUUUGUCCCAUCAUAUUUUAAUGCUAAAGAAUUUGGUGUUUUCUGUUUGUAGUUCUUUAUAUACUCUUUCUUUAUCUGUUUUUUUGUGAUAAAUAUAAGACUUUUAUUUUGUUGAGACUUUAUUUAUCAUUUAGAUGACUCUUAAUUUCACCAGUGGUUUUAAAGGCUGUCGUGUCACUAAUGAAGGCACUUAAACACACACAACACUGUGUGUGGGCAUGUAUACUGUCCAGUUAUAUUCCAUAUAGAUUAUUAUUAGGGUCAUUAUUAAGGGUUUGUUUAUGGUUUGAUGACUUAUCCCAGUACACUGCUUUCUCGAUUCUGAUUGGUCAGAAGGUGCUGAUUCUAUAGUUUCUGCUGUAGCUCAUUUUGUUCUAUUUGUUCUAUUGUGUUAUCGUUUCUGUAUUUUAAAAAACUGUCAGAAUAGAAUGAAUAAUUAGAAUCACUAGUGCCCUCUAUUGGUCCAAAGCUUGAAGUGCCACUAGCCAAAUAGUCUAUUUCUUUAACUUUAUUCAUUUCCAUUUAACUGAGUUUUAGUCCUUCACAUAUGAUGUCUAUGACACAAGGGCUUUUAUUUUCCACUUAUCUCUAUGCACUGUAUCUGUAGAACAAGAACUUAAACCAAGAUAGAGGAAAAACAGAAAAGCUUUUUACUUCACAUUCAUUUGUAAUCCAAUGACAGCUGAUUAACUCCCUCAAUAAACAUUUAAAUUUAAUGAAA